AUCCCCAGAGACUACCGAUAAAUAACGCUCGGCAAAGCCAUCAAAUACUCUCUUCUCUCUCUCUCUCUCUCUCAUUCUCAAAUCUCCAUAGCCCUGCCCUCAACAUGCAUAGACAAUCACUCGGCUCACCGUCAUCCAAGUUACACCUCGCCGGCGGCAUCCACGACUCCGCCGUCAUCACGGCGGCGACGACGACGGCGGAGUCUCCGUCACUCGAAGAAGAUGAACAAAUACGCAAGUCAAUUAAGGCUCUUAACAAGUCAUUGUCUAGAGCUGAGAAGUACAUUCAUCUUAUUCCUGUUCUCACUUUUUUCUGUUUCCUUAUCCUUUAUCUCUCCUCUCAUAAUCCGUCUGAUAAAGAUUUAGCUCAGUUUCAUGGAUAUGAAGGAUUCGCCAAGCCUAUAGAAUCGGCAAAUAUUGACGAGUUACAACGAGUGUUAGAGAUUGGAAAAGGCGAUGUUUUAGCGAUCCGAAGCGUUAGGAACUUGCAAGAGAUUGAUCCAAAAAAUCGGCUCCACCGGAAACUCGCCGAUUUUUAAGCCGAUUUAUUCUCCUUAUAUUACUCUAAACUUAUUCAUAGCGGAGCUCUCCCACGUGCGUAACUCAGUCCCUGCCAAUUUUUACCGUUUUUACUUGUAAAAAAAAAAAAAAAGGAUUUACCACGCGUGUGCAUGUGAAUUUUAUUGUUGUUUUGGCUGUUUGCUGAACAAAAUUUAAUUAACCGCGUGUGCACUACUCUGUAAAUAAUUUACUUUACUGUAUAUGGUGUACCAAAAACAAAAAUAUUCACUGCCAAGUUUUGGGGUACGUAAAUGGAAAUUCUUGAGCUGGAACUGAAAACAAAAAAGGAAAA